ACGGCUCAAGUCGAGAACGAUUCACAAACGGAAACGCUAACGCUGUGUGUGUUCGAUUGACUAAGCUUUCGUACACGUUUCCUUUAUUUGGUUUCAUUAUAAUAACUUUAAAAUGUACCAUAUUUGUGCUAAAAUUUCUAAUUUAAAGAGUAUGACUUCUGCGAAUCAGGGUUUAAAAUCCAGUGAAACCCAAAUAUCCUGAACAUAAAAUUAAAUAUUGUAAUUAAGUAUCUUCUAUUCAAUAAUAAUAACUCGUUUUGUGCCCCCAAUAUGUUUCUAUCCAACACUGAUAAGUGAACCUUCCUUAUCAUUUCUGCUCAAGAUAAUACUUAUUCAGUCUUAUUCACACCAACUCGACAGGUGUCUUGAAUUUGUUUUAACUAGUGAUUUGUUAUUUGGUAUAUUAAUUUUGUGAACAAAGUUACAUACAAGAAUUCAGAAUGGCAUCGAGUGACGCUGAGAUUAAGGAUGGAUUCACCCUGCCCGUCUGGAUGAAAACCAAACCUACUAGAGACUUCGAGCCCUUCGCUGCCUCUCCCCCCGGGCAAGAUGACGCCUUCUUCAUCCGUUACCCCAACACCAAAGCCAUGUUCGGAGCCAACUUGGAGCGCGACAUAGCGAAAAUCGUCAAAGAACCGACAGGGAUCAAAGAAAAGGAUUGGUCGAAGCACACCAAACCGUGCCAAGAAGUGCUUCACGGCAUCGCGCCAAUCAACACAGCUGCGAACCCGAUAUCGCCGAAGGUGCUGGGCACCGACGAAGAGUUCAAGGGCGAGAACGCAGCGUGCGGCAACUCCGUUGUCAAGGUCGCGCACCAGAUGAUCUCCUUAACUCGCGCUCCACGUGGCUUCACCGUAGCCUCACCAACAGAAGAAGUAGCAGAAGCACCAGACGCGUCGCGUUACAAUCUGAUGGCCCGACGCGGCAGCAAGAGCCUGCCCACCACACCAGCCCACUCACCACCCGGCAGCCCCAACUCUAGGCGCAAGAACAGGGGCAACCGUUACUUCACUUCACCGUUCGAGCCAGCGGACGACGCGAGCCACCGCUCCUGGCUGACCAUGGCAUUGCUGGGCUUCAAGAAAGAUCUGACCACUUCCACAUCCACGUUGGCUGAGGAGGACGCUAUUGAAGCAAGAUUGCAUGGAUCUCUCGCAGAAUCAGUGCAGAGUCUCGGUCCGGCGCCGCGCAACAGAGCCGCCGCCGCCUCCGCCGCCGCCGCCGCCCCCGCCCCCGCCUCCGCUACCGCCCCCGCGCCCGCGCCGUCCACCGCGGCCGCCAAGCCCGCGUCGGCCUUCCGCCCGCGGCCCUCCGAACUACGGGAGAUGAAUUUCUGGUCGCCUACUUCUAUGUAAAACACUGAGUGUCUCGUCGAUCUUGCUUCCUCGUAAAUCGAUUCAGAAGCUUUAAACUCGGGCUAAAAUACCCUAUUUCUAGACGUAACGGUCGAUAAAAGAAUCAUUGAGGAUGUGAGACUUUAUGACGAGGCGCUCCUUAGGUAACGCUACGCUGCUUUUUAAAAUAUGCCUAUCUAUUUCAUUUGCUAUUAAAAUAAUCGUAAACUUGACCCGCUGCACUUAUGUGCAGUACAGAUGUUUACAAAUAGAUACAUAUAGGCUUGUGUGAGGGUAUCCGUACUUUAAAACAAUACCGCCUUAAGGUUUCGCCGAGUGAACACAGACUCGUUAUUGGCUACAAGCUUUGUCAAAAAGCAAAACAUCACCUUUACAAUUUAAGUUGUUCAUCGUGAUUUGUCUCAAUCUCGGCCAAUUAUCAAGUAAGUCAGCGUGAUAAUUGAUUAAUUGCACAAAUAGAUUUUAGCUGAUAAGUACAUUCGUUCAAAUCUUUCUAUUCUAGUACUUUUCCUUUAUCAAAGUCAUUCAAUCUGGAAUAAGCACGUCAUUUAAUUAAUAAGCUUAUUAUAUAAUAAUCAAUUAAUUACUUAAGAACAUUAUCAACGCAUGAUCAUAAUCAAUGAAAGUAUAAAGUAUAUUUUGUAUAAAAUAUCUUAUUUUUAUUGCAACGUCUGUUGUAUGUGAAAUAAUGUUCCCUGUUUAAUACAGUUUGUCUGAAAUGUAUACUUGCAUUGUACUUUUUGUAGUCGAAUUGAUGGACCUAAGAUUUGUAAAGUAAGAUUUAUAUACCAUCGUCAAUUUUAAGAACUCACACAUUAUUUUUAAAAAUUAAUCUUUAUCGAAAAUUACACUACAAAGAGUUUAAUAUUUGCCUUUGAGGAUACUACUUCUAGAUUUUGUGAUUGAAUGGUUUUGACUGAUGCAUUCUAAAUUCUAUUUAGUAGGUACUAAAAUUUUAAUAAAUAAAAUACUAUAUUUUUGAUGUGCCAAACAUAUAAAUUGAUAGGUUGUAUAUUUCAUAAAAUUAAGAGUUCAGCGUAGCGAGUAGGGUAUGAAUCUUCCGUGUUAGGGUAUCCUCACAUAAUAUAUCGUAGAAUCGGCAAGCAUCGUUCAAAACAAAACAACACAAGUUUAUGUUUGCGUGGUAGAAAGACGUCGUUUUGAUCACAUCAGCCGACAUUUACCGACGCGACGACAGUUUUCGCUCUUAUUUUCUGUAAGUAAUUUAAUUCUGCGUCAAUAUGUGGGGAGACCUUUAGAUUAUUCCACUAUUUUAAGGGCCUGUGUGUUGUGAAUGAGUAUUAAUAAGUCCUUUUCUGAUAAAUAUAUGACUGAAUGAUAUGA